ACACUUGGGGGCACCAGAGGAGAUGUCUCUGGGGAGCAUCAGGAAGCGUAAGCGAAAGAAAAUUGUCAAAUAAAAACUUGGCGAGAGCGUGAGAAUCUAUUAUAUUAUAUAUCAGCGCCGGCCGCGAUUUCGAAGUAGAGCUAGAUUUGGGGGAGGAUGGAAGAAGUAAGGUCGGCGAUGGAGCAGCAGAUGGAUGUGAUGGCGGAUCUGGUCCAGAAGCUCUCUGGUGAGCUCCGAACCGGACUACAACCUGCCUACGAGAAUUUCAUCGGAUUUUUCCACGCCAUUGAUUGGAAGGAACCUUGGAUAAUGGGAUUAAUGGCGUUUCAUGCUCUGUUUCUGCUUGUUACUCUUCUUUCUAGAAGGCGUCUCAACUUCCACAUGUUCCUCUUCUUAUUCGCAUUGGGUGGGGUAUACUUUGCAGAGAGCCUCAACCGACUCUUGAGAAAAAACUGGAAGAGCUUCUCAACUCAAAACUACUUUGAUCCGCACGGAGUCUUUGUCUCGGUUCUUUGGUCAGGGCCACUUCUGGUCAUUGCAAUGAUAAUCCUGAUAAACACACUUUUUUCGCUUUGCUACUUAAUAGUAAAAUGGAAGAGAGCUGAGCUCAGGCAUCGUGCAAGGCUUGCUCGUUCCAAGCAGGAAUAGAUGAUGAGAGAGAGCGAGAGAUCUCAAGUCUCUCCCUAGAAUCUUUCUUUGUCCUCACAUUUAAUUUAUGUGUUCUAUUAUGUAUUUCUGUUUUGAGUGAGUUAUGCAAUUAGACACUUUUGUCUUUUUUCUUUACACAAUUACACACUUCAUGCUUGCUAGACACAAUUCAUGUAACCGAGGUGUUCUUUUGUCAUAUUUUCCCUUCACAUGACUUAAAGCAAAUCACUUAUUUGC